CCCCCUGCCGGCGGCCCGCGCGGCGCGGGGCCAUGGCCAUGGCGGGCAGCAUGGCGCGGGCGGCGCGGCGGCGCGGCGGGCUCGGCCAGCGCCUGGCGCGGCCGCCGGCGCUCGGCGGGAGGGCGGCGGCGGGCUGGAGCGGCCCGGCGGCCGGAGGAGCGAUGCAGUACUGCGCCGAGCUGGUGCGAGAGCGAAAUCACCGAAGUGGAUGUUUAAAAGCGUUGGAUGUUUGCAGAUCUUGGCUGCUGAGAAAUAGCCAUGUUUCCUGCGUGCUCCUUGGAAAAACGGGCCAAAGCAGAGGACAUCAGACAGCUGGAGCAGCUCAGUACCUUCUCUCUCCUAAACGCAAGGGCUGUGUUUCCAAAACGUGCUCUCUUUUUUUUGUCAAACCCAAAAUGCUCCAAGAGGAGCAGGAGCACAGUCAGACACUUCCAUGUCAGGCCGCUUUUCCUUCUUGGAUUCUGGGCUGUAAACAAUGUGUAGGGCCCCUUGGCUGCUUUGUAGUUCCCAGGAAUUCAGUUCUUUGUAAAGUACGAUGUUAAACAAGUCUCUUAAUAAAGACCUAGGUAGUUUCCCUUUGGAUAGUGUUGUUCCAGAUGAUUUACAAAAGCUGGGAGAAGGGUUCCGGUUCCGUGUGUGUAUAGAAGGAGUGGAACAGGAUUAUCUUUUCCAAACUGAUGCUUGUAAAAGACAGAAAGCUGUGUGUGGGAUGCAGUAAUGUCUGAGGUAGGAAAACUAAGGAAAAGAAAUGGGACAAUCUUAAAUGUUCAGUGCAGCACCAAGAACUUGACCUGUGCAGAUGCACCAGAAUGCACAGCCACGUUGCAUUUUUCAUGGUUUUCAGAAUACAGCUUUCUUUUCCUACUUAUUCUACCCAGGAUUCAUUUCCCUGAUACUCAGGAGACCAGAGGCUGUGUGUACAGCCAAUAUACAGGAAGCGUGACUAUGAUGGGUUUCUGUGUUCUCUGCUGUUGCCUGCGGAAUCCCGAACCUCUGCUUUGGCCUUGAGAGCCUUCAAUGUGGAACUGGCUCAGGCAGAUUAAAGACUCCAUAACUCAGAAGACAACAGGUUUAAUGCGGAUGCAGUUCUGGAGGGACGCUGUGGAGGACAUAUACGGCGAUAACCCACCACACCAGCCUGUCGCUACAGAACUGUGGAGGGCUGUCAAGAGACAUAACUUGACUAAAAUGUGGUUCAUGAAGAUCAUAGAUGAAAGAGAGAAGAACUUGGAUGACAGGGCGUACCGUAACAUCCAGGAGCUCGAAACGUAUGCUGAGAACACUCAGAGUGCUCUCCUGUACCUCACCUUGGAAACACUGGGUGUGAGGGACAUCCAUGCUGACCAUGCAGCCAGUCACAUUGGGAAAGCACAAGGCAUAGUUACCUGUUUAAGAGCAACUCCGUAUCAUUGUACAAGACAAAAGGUCUUUCUUCCCAUGGACAUUUGUAUGUUGCAUGGAGUUUCACAAGAGGAUUUCAUAAGAGGCAAGCAAGAGAAAAAUGUGAGGGAUGUAAUUUACGACAUCGCCAGCCAGGCCCAUAUUCAUCUAGAACAUGCUAGAUCUUUCAGUAAGAAAGUUCCUGUGAAGGCGUAUCCUGCUUUUUUCUGUACGGUUGCUUUAGAUGAUUAUUUAUAUAAAAUGCGAAAAGUGGACUUCAAUAUAUUUCAUCCAAGCUUACAAAAGAAGAGUACAUUAUUACCAUUGUAUUUGUAUAUUAGAUCUUGGAAAAAAACAUAUUAAAGUUUGGUUAUUUUAAUACUGA